AUGUUAUAAAAAAGUUAACAGGCAAUAAUAGCAAAAGGAAUUUUACCUAAUACUUAGUAAGAGACGAUUUUGAAGAGAUAUCAGUUGAAUACAUAGAGAGAAGCGUUUAUAAAAGAAUUGAAGCUUUUAUCAAAGUUGAGUAAAAAUGUUUUCUAGACAGUUGAAUCAAUUCCAGAACUCAUUUCAUACAAAACUGAUAAAAUAUUUGCAGAGAUUUUGAUGGCUGAUGCAGGAAUAGAUUUGACUCAAUUGCUCUGCGGCGAAAAUAAUUAGUAGAGUUUCAAUAAGUACCAAAUAGGUCUUCAGGUGGGAUUUUAAGUACUUUGCGCUCUUGAAUAAAUUCACUAGAAUGGAUAUAUUCACUGCGAUAUAAAGCUGGAUAACAUCUGCAGUAAAUCCAAUACAUAGAAUGAAAAUACCAACAUUCCCUGCACAUAAAACAGUCUAACUUACACAUUAAUAGACUUUGGUCUUGCCUCUAAAUUUACUUCUAAGGGAAAACAUCUUAUUCAAGAAAGUAUAGAUUUCUUCAAAGGCAAUAUCCUGUUCGCUUCUGAAAACGCUAUCAAGUUAAAGAGUUAAUCUAGAAAAGAUGACCUUGAGUCACUUAUGUAUUUAGUUACAUUCAUUAUUAAUGAGCUUUCUCUGCCAUGGAUAGAAAAUAUUGACGACGGUUCUUAGAUAGCUGACAUUUUUUAAUUCAUAUUAAAAAGGAGAAUUAGAAAUUUUAACAAAUUUAAUGAAAAGAUUAUGAAGAUGUUGCCAAAUUAACUGAAACAAGCAUUUAAGUACAUUAGAAAUCUGGAGUUUUAGGACACUCCUGAUUACUAAUACUUAAAAUCCUUAUUUUAGUCAUUAAUUUAACCUCAAACAGAAGAAGCAUGCCACCAUAACUGGGAAUAUUAAUAUUUGGAAACAUUCGGGCAAAAUAACUUAACAUGUAACUAGAAAUAUUAAGAAGUCGCAUAAUCGUCACUUAUUAAAGUGAUCACAAUGAACGAAGUACAAAAAGCAUCAAUUCUUAUUUAAUUAGAAAAUAAUGACGAGUCAGAAAUUUAAAAUAUUCUGAAGGAGUAGCUUUUUGAGAUCGAAGAUAGUGACCUGCUUGAUAAUUAGAAUAUAUUAGCAGAUAGAAGUCACUAUCAAGGAACAUUUCAAGAGUAAGAACGAAUCCUUAGUCUUUAGUUUAAGCAGAAUUUUACUCUUGAAUCUAAGAAGUACAGUUCUAUACAAUUAUUGCAAAGAAAUUUUGAAUAAUAAUCUACCAACUCAAAAAUUAUAAUAGAAUCCUUUUUGAGAGAAGAUAAAAGUUUUAACUCUAAUAAACUCGAUAAUCAAGAAAUAGAUGAGGAACUUGAAGAAGACCUCAAUUGUAGUGCAGAUACUGAUGAGAAUUCAAUUAAUAGUGGAUCAUAAUCUCUAUUCGUUUAGGACUUUACCAAUUUGAUCAAUAGAAAUGAUCUCAAGUGUAAAUUAUGA